CUGGGGCGGCCGAAAGGGGCGUUGCCGCCGCCAUCGCCAUCGCCAUGGCCGGUUGUUGUCAGUCCCUGGCAGCGGGUUAUGGCGACGGCGGUGAAUGAAUUCUCCAGGCGGCCGAGGGAAGAAGAAGGGCUCAGCCGGCUCCAGCUCGCGCCUCCGCCGCCGGCUGGCCUUUCCCUCCUCGCCGCCCGCGGCCGGCGCCCCCCCGUUGCGCCGGCAGGGGGCGGCGACGGCAGCGGCCGUCCGCCGCACAAGCGCGAACCAUGUUACUUACUUCAUCGUACCGCUGUUCGCCGCCUUUCGCCCUGCUCGCUUUCGUCGCCUUCCAGCUCGGCUGCUCUUCGCCUGGCUCUGCGAGCGCCUCUCCGCGGCCCUCAUGGCCGCCAAGGCAAGCUAGCGGCCUGUCGGGGCCGGCGACCGCGCCGAGCCCGGCGGGGCGCCCGAGGGGACGGUGCGGGGCGUGUCACAAGCGGCGGCCUUCGAGUGCAUUCUUCCAUGCGCUGCGCAUCGACGAGACGAGACAGCAGGACAAAAGGAACAAGCUGUUGAAUGGUAUAAGAAAGGAAUUGAAGAACUGGAAAAAGGAAUAGCUGUCUUAGUAAUUGGUCAAGGUGAUCAGUGUGAACGGGCUCGACGUCUCCAGUCUAAAAUGAUGACAAAUUUGGCAAUGGCCAAGGAUCGCUUGCAGCUUUUAGAGAAGCUGCAGGCAGUUUUGCAAAUUUCCAAGCCGCAAAUGGAGGUCUAUAAUGACAGUACUAACCUGGCAUGCCGCAAUGGACAUCUCCAGUCAGAAAGUGGAGCAGUUCCAAAAAAGAAGGAUCCCUUAACACACACAAGUAAUUCGCUUCCUCGUUCAAAAACUGUUGCAAAAACCGGAUCCACAGGCCUUUCAGGUCACCAUAGAACGCCCAGCUACAGUGGGAUAUCAUCAUCAUCUGUGUCUAGACCAGCACCCAAUUCUGCAGCUUCAACUCACAAGGCUGCUCCUAAAAACAGCAGAACAAAUAAACCUUCUACUCCUACCCCUGCUCCUCGAAAAAAGAAAGACAUGAAGAUAUUUAGAAAUGUGGACAGUAAUCUUGCUAAUCUUAUCCUAAAUGAAGUUGUUGAUAGUGGGCCAGCUGUCAAAUUUGAUGAUAUCGCAGGGCAGGAAUUGGCUAAACAAGCUUUGCAAGAAAUUGUUAUCCUUCCUUCUCUUAGACCUGAGUUGUUUACAGGUCUAAGAGCUCCUGCACGUGGUUUAUUGCUGUUUGGCCCACCAGGAAAUGGGAAGACAAUGUUGGCCAAGGCAGUUGCUGCAGAAUCAAAUGCUACUUUCUUUAAUAUAAGUGCAGCAAGCCUUACUUCAAAAUACGUUGGCGAAGGGGAGAAGCUGGUGCGUGCUCUAUUUGCUGUAGCCAGAGAACUUCAACCUUCUAUAAUUUUUAUUGAUGAAGUUGAUAGCCUUUUGUGUGAAAGACGAGAAGGUGAACAUGAUGCCAGCAGGCGUUUAAAAACAGAAUUUUUAAUAGCAUUUGAUGGUGUGCAGUCUUCUGGAGAGGACAGAAUACUUGUGAUGGGAGCAACAAACAGGCCUCAGGAGCUUGAUGAUGCUGUCCUCAGACGAUUCACCAAACGGGUAUAUGUAUCUUUACCAAAUGAAGAAACAAGAUUGAUUUUACUAAAAAACCUUCUAAGUAAACAAGGAAGUCCACUGACCCAAAAAGAGUUGGCUCAACUAGCUAGAAUGACAGAUGGAUACUCUGGAAGUGACCUAACUGCAUUAGCAAAGGAUGCAGCCCUGGGCCCCAUUCGAGAAUUAAAACCCGAACAGGUGAAGAACAUGUCUGCCAGUGAGAUGAGAAAUAUCAAACUAUCAGAUUUCACUGAGUCUUUGAAGAAGAUAAAGCGCAGUUUGAGCCCUCAGACGCUGGAAGCAUAUAUUCGCUGGAACAAGGACUUUGGAGAUACCACAGUGUGAAACACUACUUGAUGUGAAACAAAGUGCUGCCUGGCAAGCAGUUGGUGCAGACUACUGGAAAGCAGCCAGAGUUUACAGGACUUUACAGAUAUUUAAGUAUCUGCAUUGAAACUUGAGAUUAAGAAAAAAUUAUACGAUGUGAAAUGUUUUCAUCGAAGCCUCCUUGCCAUUUAGUGAGGAUUUACACACUGUAAGUAAGAGCACAAUAGGACUUGAGAUAAGAUUCCUAGCAAUCUGAUUAUGGUUUGAACAAUAAUAUAUGUAUAUGGUUUCAGUUGCAAGGCUCUGAUGAUGUUGUUCAUUGGAAGACCUUUUCCCUAUGUUGUGUGUGUGGCUUUUUGUUUUUAAUUUUACCAUGACAUUGGUGAACAAUUAACAUGGAACAAUGAUGUUCAAUUGGAGGUUUGUAAACUUUGGUUCAGUUUUUGACUUUUUUAUCCUUAAUGUGCCAAAUAAAACAAUUUCCCUGUGCAGAUAGAAAGAACAGCAUUGGGGAAUUAUGAUUAUUAAAAUGUAAAAAGCAGCUGGUCUGUUAUUAUUUGUCUUUUUGUUUCAUUGUAAUGUGACUGUAUUGUUCACAGAACAGUUUUAAAGAAGACCUUUGAUAGCAGAACAGCAAAACCACCCAACCCUUUAAAACCAAUUCAAACUGUCUUUAAAGAAAAAAAACUAAAUAAAAGAAUAGACUAAGAUAUUCAUUUACUGGCAGUAUUUUCUCUUAAUGCAUUUUGUAACGCUUCCAUUGGUAGAAUGUUAGCUUAUGCUUAUAGUGUACAACUUGAGCCCAGCUGAUGUUUGAGAGAGUGAUACUAAUUGUCAGAUUUCAGAAAUGAUGUGUUUCUACUCUGUAUUUGGUCUGUUUAUGAUAAUUGAAAGUAAAAUUUCCAUUGUGAUAAUUUUUUUAAUCUCCACAUGUAAGCAUUAAAAUAUGAGGCUACAUGUUUAAUACAUGGCACACCUUAAUGUUUUUAUAGCUUUCAUAUGUUUAGGUUUAUAUAUUAAAGUAUGAAACACUCAACUGAUCUGCUUUUUUAAAGAGAAACUGCAUCUUUGUACAAAUACUUGUUUUUAUUAUAUAAAUGACAAGCUAUUAAAAAAACAAACUCUUAAGUGAUAGCGUUUAAAUACUGUAAUAAAGGAAAGCAUCUUUGCCUUUACUUCUAAAGGCCCAACAUCUUGUUUACAAGUUCUACAUGGAUUAAACACAGAUAUUUGCAAGGCAGAACACUAGUUCCUUGUUAAAGCAGGUUUGUGGGUUGUUUUUUGUUUGGUUGAUUUUGGGUUUUUUUACAACUCUCAAUAGUGAUAUUACAAAAAUGCAUAUUGUUUACUGUUGUUUUAAUUAAAAUGAGUUACAAGUGUUCUUUGCUUUUGGUCUUAACAGAAAAUUUGUUUUUAAUUUUUCAUUUAACUUAUUUUUUGGAACUGCGCACCUAAAAGUUGACUUUAAAUAAUAUAUUAUAUGUAUAUAUGAAAAAAAACCCUAGCUGAUAGAUGCAGUAUUAGUAGAGGACUCUGUGCUCACUGUGUGGUAUUGAGUACUAAAUAAGCAGAAAUUGUUGAACUUCUGAAAUGCACAAUGCAAUAUGUUUGGGAUUCUGUUUUUGGUUUUUUUUAACCAGAGAUGCUUUUAACUGAUCUUAAGGUUAAAAGCAAUCAAAUGAGAGAAGAUUGUGUUACACUAGUAUGCCUUUUGAAGUAGUCUAACCAAACCACUUCUAGCCUUCUAAGAAUAGGACUCUCUCAAAUGUAUGUCUGACAUGAAUGAAACAUGUGACUUCUGAUCCCCUGAUUCACUUUUCUGGAGAACUGAGAAAUGCUAAAAGAUUUUGGACUCUUAAAUCUCAUGUCUUGCUUUGCCUUAGUUCUGCCUUCAGUAGACUGUCUGUGUUGUUGGAGAUUCCUGGCUGACUUGAUCCACACUUAUAAUAGACUUCAUAGUGCUAAGCAUGACUCUUACUAUUGUAUUAGCAUCUGCCAAAUAGCUACAGCUAAGAAAGACCCUUGGUUGUUCUGUUCCCAAAGCUUUUGUAACCUUUCCUUGAGAUCCUUUGCAAAUGAGAACUUUGACGCCUACUUUGGUUUUGAGUGUUCCUAAAUGAUUGUUACAAACCUCUUGUUUUCCUCCACUUAAUUUUGAGGGAUAUACUGGUUAUUUAUUUCAAAUACAUACUUAUUGGCAUGUGAUGGGUACCUGAAAUGUUGAGGUAGAAGCUCCCAUCUACUAAAGUAGCACCAGUAUGCAGCACAAAGGGUCAGAAUCACAAGCUGCUACUUCAGAAAGAAAAGCCCUUUCACUGCUUUGUGCAACCAGUUCAGGUCAAGAGAGUCUGUGCACUACUUUUUGGUUGUCUAUUAUGACCGGAUUUCUGCUUAAUGGGUAAACUACAGCUCUAUAAAUUAGUGCUGGAACACAGUAAAAAGAACAAAACUUUGUUCUGCAACAUCAGUUUGCUCCACAGCUGCUGGAUUCUUAGCCCAUGACCAAGUGCUGUUUAGUUCAUAAAUCUCCUUUAAAUGUCUUGUCUUAUGCUAUUUUCUGAAUAGUGUCUUUUAAGAAUAAUUCUGUUCCUCUUAAGGCUUUAUCUUGCAUCUUCUUUCUCGUUUUACCUGUCCCAUCUCAGUGAUUUUGUCUUUGUGUUGGAUUAACUGUGUAUAAGAGCAGAUCUGAGUAAAACAACCAACAAAAAAACCUACUAAACACCCCUCUCCCCCCAUGCCCCCCGCCCAAACCUCAAAUUACCUGUAUUUCCCAAGUCUGUAGUACAUAUAUAGAACUUUGCAUCUAUAUUUUCCAUAAAAUCAAGUUCUGUUCUAAUACAGUAUCUUAAAUUCAGAUACACAGGACAGCAGCUUGGGUGCUUUUAACCUUUGCAAAGACUGGUAUUACAUUAGCUCUCUAAACUGUCUUUUCCUUUUUUUUUUUUUUUUUGGUGAAUCUGCCCACUGCUAAUGAGUGACUUGACCCACUUUUUUGAGGUGAUUAGGAAGCAGCUUGUCUGGCUUUCUGCAACUGUGUUUUACUGACCUUAAGUGUAGCAGUUACUGGAGGGAGAAAAAAAAAACCCAACCAAUCCAAGCUCCCUGUGUUUUUUAGCAACUUUCUUUAUACAUCUUUCUCCUUCUAUUAAACAGGUUCCUGCUUUUAUUAAGGAGGAGCAGCACCUUUUGUCUUUCUCCAUAUUGGAAGAACAAUGUCUCCUCAGACUGCAGGUUGCUACUUUUAUUGGCAUAACAGGAGGGAAAAACUCAAGCACUGUAGAAUGCUCUUUCUACUUAAAAUGACAAUUCGUUAUGUGUUAUGAUGUCCCCAUUACUAAUGUUGACUUUUCUGUAGACUACACCAAACCUGUACAGGUUGUGUCCUUAUGGCUAAGACAAACCAACACAGAAUAUUAAAUUAGGGUAUUUAUGCACAUAUAAGUCUCUCUGUCCUGUUAAUUUCUUAGACUUUACAGGGUUUAGUGUAUUAGAAAUAGGCAUUCUGUCCCUGAGACAUUUACCUGACUCUGCUUUGGACAGUCAGCUGCUAAUAUAGUUCUGUUGAAUAUGGCCCUGCAACUUACUUUAAGUACAUAAUAAAUGUGAUAGUAACACUUUAAAAUGGAGAAGAAUGGGAUCUCUAAACUGAGGAGUGUUGUCACUGCAUUAAUUAGAGGCCAUUGCUGGUUUCACUGUCAGAUUCUCUCAAAUGUUUUUAAAAUGACAGUUUUUAUACAUAUAACUCAAUUAACCUUACCUUCUGGUGUAGAAUAAAUAGUAUUUUUUCUAUUCUAAACAAACGGGUUUAGAAUAAAUUGCUUGGCAUUGCUGUCAAGUCCAUCUUGUGAAAUUUAAGUACUUUUUGCUGGGAAUAUUGAAGUCAGAUAUGCUAGCAAAUUUAACUGAGACAUCUGUUCUGCAACUGGAAAGCAGCAUGCUCCUUAGUUUCCCUAAUCACCUAUGGUGAGACUUCAUGCCCUAGAUUUUCACAGUGUUUUCCUACCCAAGACAUGGAUAAUGCAUAGCUGUGCCUAAGACCUGCUUCUCCAACUACUCCAGCACUUCAGUGAUGCUUCUGCAUGUGGCAGCUUUGGGAGGUGUCCAGCCCUACCGCAUCUUAACCUGAUUUUCAUCCAUUGUCUGUGGCAGCCUCAAGCUUUUGUGAUGUUUUUAGUUGUUGGGGACUUCUACCAGAUAUCGAAAAUGGAAUGAAGAGUAGCAAGCAGGUAGUGAACGCAAGUAAUUAUCUCAGUCAUUGUGCUAAUUACAGGCAGUUACAUUAUUAUUUUCUCCUGAGCUGCUGUUUAGCGUUGAAGAAUGUUGUCUUACCGACCUGUGUGUAUUUUCAUGUUUAGGAUGAUCUGCAGACAUCCUAAGAAGUGAACAAUUGAUGAGUUAUUUUAUUCUAGAAUCUUUUUCUUUCAUUAUAAUUUUCAAUAUUUUUUCUUAUAAAUAUUGUAACUAUAGUUCCACAGGACAAGGAAGUUAAGCUGUCACUUCCUGAAAAUACAAAAUCAUUUUGUGAAGUAUGGGGAAAUGUGUAUUCUGUUUUUCCUUUGUUAACUGUCUUAUAGUGGAAACUUCUUACCUUGUCAAUAACUACCUCCUGAGUUUGGCAAUAAUUGACAAGAUAUACACUCCUCCAGUGGAUUCAAUAUAUUGGCUAAACACUUCUUCAGAGACUGAUCUUUUGAUUUGCAAAUGUUUGACAUUAUUUCUGGAAACUGUGGUGAUCAACCUUGUUUUGCUGUAAGACUUUCCUUGCCUUCAUGAGAUGCACUUCUUAAAAUCCUUUCUUCAGAGAAGCGGCUUUGAGGAUAAAAGGUCAGCGUUCUUUGUAGUUGGUUAAUACAGGCACGUUCUCAAAGAUGCCAGGAGUAGCCUUUCAGGCAGGUUUUUUUACCAUUAGAAGUGGGGAAUAAAGUACUUUAUCUAGCAGUCGCACACCCAUCAAAGGGACUGGGAACACAGAAACUGUUUAUGCCACAUGAUUCAAAUUUUUACUCAUGUGAAGGGCUAGUCAGUGUUUUUCAGAAAUAUGUAUUAAAGUGACGAAAACCAAAGGUGGAGACAGAACAGCAUACCCCACCCCCAUUAAGUAUAUUGGACGACUCCAGUCUGGGAUGGGGUUAAUAUUUGUAUUUUGUUGUUUUGAAGCACUUUUAUUUCAUUGUUCUUUUAAGAAUGUUUUCUGAAAUGUUGGAACACCAUUUUACUAAUAAGCAGUGUAAAAAAGCAUGAUGAGCAGUCACAUAGCUUUAGCUUCACAAUAAAAUGUUGCAUUUGUCCUGUUCUUACUGUUUUCUUGUCUGUUUUUCAGAUAAAAACUAAGAGCAUUUUCAUUAAACUGGAAGCCCAUUAAAUUGCUGCUGUUUUAAAAAAAAAUCAAAAAAUCAGAUGCCAUAUACCCGAUGAUGGAACAAUAAAUGUGUAAAUAAAUCAAUUUCUAAAGGACUUAACUCAGGUUCUUAAAACUAAUGUAAACCGAAGCGCUACUUCCUAAAUAAAUGUGCUGAACUUGAAA